GACUUGCCGAGACGGAAGCCGACCCGACCCGUUUGCCGCCGGGACCACGUCCACCGCGUCCACCACGCGUCAGGCCGUCGGCGUCGUCGUGCGAGACAUCGCGUCGCCGGGCCCGCGCCUCCUCCAACACACUGUGCGGGCUGUCACAGCGUCGCCCGCGUCGUAGUCGAGCGCGCAGAGCUGCCGCGAGCGGGCGUCCCGUCGGCGGGUUCGAGUCCACCCCGGGGUGGUUUUGCUAUCGGCGCGCCGUGACUAAUCACAGAGCGGCCUGCGUCGCCCAGCGUCCAGGAGGGUGACUGCCGCCACUGCCGCCACUGCCGCCACUGCCGCCUUGCGCAGCCCGAAGAUGCCGGCCAGUCUCUAGCCGAGUGGCCGUGCGGGAAGUGCGAGCAGAGUGCGACACCACUGCGUCCGUCAGCCAAGCCGUCGAGCCAGUGGACGGGCCGAGCGGCAUUCCACCAACUUCGGCCUUGUGUCCUCGGACCUCGCCCUUCCCGGCCCUGCCUGGCCCUGCCAAGGACCAAGGACUCCAGCGACGGAGGCAUUCCCCAAGGGACGGUCCCCGCCAUGCCGUCGCAGUAUUCCAACCUGGACCCGCAGUCCCACCCCGCCAGCCCCGCGGAGGACUUCGGCUCGGGCUCCAUGAACAAGGAUGACUGGAAGAGCGAGGAGUCCGACCGGGCCAGCCCGGCGGGCAGUGGCUCCACGCAGCCCACUGCGCCGGCCACCCCCACGCCGCAGGUCGGCCACCCGAGGGAGACCCUGGUCUCGGUGACGGACGCGGACGGCAAUGAGGUCCCGGACGAGACGUGCGAGAAGGAAGGCCUGGACGGCGACGGCGCCGAGCCCCUCACCAUGACGACGUACAUGGUGGUGCCCCCGGACGGCGGCUGGGGCUGGGUCGUGGUCGCGGCCUCCUUCAUGUGCAACAUGGUGGUGGACGGCAUCAUCUUCACCUUCGGCUUGCUGCAGGCCAACCUGGUCAAGGAGUGGUCGAGUGUGCCCGGGGCCACGGUGACCGAGUCCGAGGUGGCCCUCGUCGGCUCCCUGCAGACUGGCUUCUACCUCAUGGCAGGUCCGUUCGUGUCUGCGCUCGCCAACCGCUACGGCUUCCGGCUGGUCACCAUCCUGGGCGCCAUCCUGGGCGCCAGCGGCUUCGCCCUGUCGUCGUUCGCCACGAACGUGACGUACCUCUACUUGACGUACGGCGUGCUCGGCGGCAUCGGCUUCGGCAUGAUCUACGUGCCGGCCGUCAUCACCACGGGCUUCUACUUCGAGCGGUGGCGCGCCCUGGCCACGGGCAUCGCCGUCUGCGGCUCCGGCAUCGGGACCAUCGGCAUGGGCCCCGCCUGCGAGUUGAUCAUCGCGAGCCUCGGCUGGCAGGGCAUGCUGCAGGUGCAGGCCGGCUUGGUGCUGUCGUGCGCCCUCUUCGGCGCGCUCUUCCGUCCGCUGGAGCCCAGCAAGGUGGAGGUGCCCUACGACCCCGUCAAGGCCGCCGAGAUGCAGGCGGCCGAGAAGCUCGCCGACGAGAAGGACGGCGAGCAGCGCCUGCCGCUGCUCAUGAGGAUCAAGAUGGCGCGCGACGAGAUGCGGGCCAGGAGCACGGCCUCCCUGCACGAGUCCGGCCACGGCGCCAACAACAACACCAGCUACCCUACCGCGGCGCAGAUCCUGGGCUCCUCCACCCGCGUGCUCAAGGCGUCCUGCCUGUCCCUGGACGUGUCCGUCACGCCCCACAAGCAGCACGUCCACAACCACCACAACCACCUCAACGGCAACCUCAGCAAGAGCGAGAAGCGCCUCAGCGCGCCCAUCAGGGACGUUCCCGGCGUCACUCCGCCGUCGUCGCCGCGCGUGGCCAAGGCCACGCCCCACGCCCACGACCAGCGCAGGGGGUCGGCGGGUCCGCGCCGGGCUCGCGCCGCGUCCGAGUCCGGCGGCAAGCGGACGCCGCGCGCCCCCGGGGCCCGGCCGCUGUACAGGGACGACAUCUUCUUCGGCGCCUCGCUGCAGCGGCUGCCCGAGUACGGCUCCAGGGUGUCCGCGCUGGACUACACCAUGUCCGUCACCCGGCUGCCCACCAAGGCCGACCUGGCCGAGGAGACGUCGCGGACGUGCAGCCUCUGCCCCGAGGCCGUCCGGAGGACCCUGUACACCAUGCUGGACCUGUCGCUGCUGCGGUCGCCCACCUUCAUCAUGCUGGCCUUCUCCGGCUUCUUCACCAUGAUGGGCUUCUACGUGCCGUUCGGCUACCUCAAGGAGCGAGCCGUGGAGAACGGCUGGGAGCCAACCUCGGCCGUGUGGCUGGUGCCCUCCAUCGGCGUGAGCAACACGCUGGCUCGUGUGGCGUGCGGCGUGCUGUCCUCCAUGCCCGGCGUCGACGCGCUGCUCAUCAACAACGUGGCCCUCACCCUGGGCGGCCUCACCACCAUCGUGUCCGGCCUGUACUUCGACGCCUGGUACCAGUUCACCUACACCACCGCCUUCGGCGUCGCAUGCGCCUGCUUCGCGUCGCUCAGGUCCAUCCUCAUCGUGGACCUAAUGGGCCUGGACAAGCUGACCAACGCCUUCGGCCUGCUGCUCCUCUUCCAGGGCGUGGCUGCUUGCAUGGGAACACCCAUCGCCGGCGCCUUCAAGGACGCCACUGGCGGCUACGACUUCACCUUCUACCUGGCCGGCGCCCUCAUCUUCGUCUCCGCCUUGCUGUGCUACCCGCUCAACAGGAUGAACAACUGGGAGAAGCGGCGCGCCGGCCUCCUGGAGGACUCGGAGACGGAGAAGACCGUCGCCAAGGUGGUCUGAGCGACGCGGGCGACGCGGGACUGGCCUUCUGGGCUGCCGCCAUGCUGCCGCCCCCGCGCGACUCGAGGCGACCCGAACUGACUCGGCGGCCGCGACGACCGGAGUGUCUGGUCGGCCUGAACAUGCCUGAACCGCCUGAACACUCGACCCGUUGUCAUGGCAACGGCGGACCGGGCUGGUGUUCGAACGUUCGAACCCGCUGCAGUGCGCCUUGCCGGCCUUGCCGUCUUGAACGCGUGGGUACUGGCUUUGGAGUCCCACUCGAGUCGGUACCGUUGGCCACGCUGCGCCCGGCUGUGCUUGCGUUGCUUGCGCCGGGUUGGAGAGGGUCGAACUGAAGAGAUCUGUAUUAGCAUGCUGUGUUCUGUGUAUGAGUGAGUGUGCUUGUGUCUGUUAUAGUGAGCGUGAGUGUAUACAAGUUGAUUCUUUGAUCUCCUGACACAGAAAAAACAUCGGUGCCCACAAAAGGAGGCUGUAUUUAUGAUAGGAGAGCCACAAAAAAGUCUUUAAUAGCAGAAAAGGAAAAUAAAAUCUAUCACCAGUAUCAGUGUAUGCAUGUGAGUGUGAGAGGAACUAGAUCUUAGCUGUCAAUUAGUCAAGAGUCUGGCUUAAUUACAACUGAUUGUUUUUUACAAAUGUGAUUUGUUAAGGCUUUUAUACUGUCGUCAGUUUGCCAAGUUUGUCUUACCAUGCUGUAACUGCCUGAUCAGCCGACCUUAUCUUGUUAAUAUUUAUGAUGAAUUGUAAUUUAUGCUCAAAAAGUGGACUGGCGAUUGUUUCUUUUUAAAGUAGAGUACAAUAUUAUGGCAAUGCGCUGGUGCGCGCUGCAUCCUUAUGGCUGUGCACGAUAUUAUACGAUAUCAAUACCCGUAGGCAUAUAUGUGUACAUAGCAGAGUGGAGCGCGACUGUAUUUUUAUAUGAAUUAUUUAAUUGGGACCAAUGAUUGUCGUUUGUGAUGCAGUGAUUUACUAUUUGUAAUUUUAAAAGACAGAAUCAGAUUCAUGACUGCUUUGAGUGGCACUUCCCUCCAGAGUUCUUCUCAUUCUCAAAAUAGAAAUGAGUCUUAAAUCAUUGCAGUAAAAUUAAUUAAAUGAUAUUACACCACUUGUUGAUUGAUAAUUCCUCUUUGUGACCUCACAGAAAUAUACCAUAAUUCGCCUCAAGUCAUCCAUAUCUAUAAUUUAUAGAACUUUUAGUGAUGAGUUAUUGUAAUGUAUAUGUUAUUUUUAAGUAUCACAACCACCACUCUUAUACAAUAUAUGGGCCUUCCCUGUGGCCCUGUCCAUAUUUACUUUGUAAACCAGAAUUAAACUAUAUUUUAUCAUAUGAAGUGCCAUAAGGUAAUGUUUCAGGUCAAAAUAAAACAUGAUUUCCGAAAUUGGAA